AUGGCGACCCCCUCCAUGGCUGUCGCUGCUGCUCCGCGGCCCUACAGAAGAUUCCUCACAUCUGCCCUGCAUACACGGUUCGUGCAUGCUGCACUCAUAUCUUUUCUUCUCGCCUUCAAUAAUGCUUUCUGGCUGGGGUCCAAGAGAGAUCUCUUCUGGUCAUGGUUCCCAUUUGGGCCUGCGGGGAUCAGAGCCCUGCUUUUCUUCAUGUCCAGCCUCUUCAUCUUCAUCUUGCAUAUAGCGACUCUCAGCAUUGGCAGACAAACCACUACCUCGCCGUUUGCUACCAUCCGAACGAACUUUCUCAGCAUCACCGCGCUUCAAACGAUGUUUUGGUAUGUGGUUUCGGCGUGGUGGUUCACCGAAGCCUACGUCUGGUCGGCCCCAGAUCUCGGAUGGAUCACAAGAGGCAGCCACAAUACUCCCGACAUGUUGAAUGAGAGACCGAUUUUUUUCCGGUUAUAUGCCCUAGUUACGGCGUUCGCCUACGCUGGAUACCACCUUUACAUCGGAAAGUCAGCGCUUGUUAUUCCUGUCUCGCACCUACCUGCAACUGCGGCUGCCGAGGGGAAAAGCCCGAACACUCAUCAGCUGGAACCGAUACAGAUACGAUUACAACAGAGAUUGAUACCUGCGCUCUACCGAACUGGCAUUGCUGCAGCUUUGUCUUUGGCGACGGCGAUUGUUCUCAACACUGCUUGGCUCCGCCAGCCUCUUUGGCAGCUGCAUCUCAUGCUUGCAAAGCCCUUCUUUAAUCUGUCACGGGCAAAUGCUCAGGCUACUGGAUAUCCGCCCUUAGGACUAUUUUUACCUCGAUGUUUUGUGGCAGGCUCUUUGUUGGUCCUCACGUGGGAAAUCACGUCGGUCCUGUUCUUGACCUACCUCAAUCAGGAGCCUACCAAAGCUGGUUUACCACUUUCAGCUUCCAGCAGAGAUCCAAAUGGGACGCUGCUCAAUGGUCUGAAAGCCAAGCGGGAUGUUGUCAAGACCUUCGCAUUUUGGGAGCUUGCCAUCAUUGCACAGAAACACAAGGAUCGAAGAAGAGCCAUAUUUGAGGAUAUUGAGCGACCCAGUGGGCCAGUGUGGACUCAAAUCUCGGAAGCAGGUUUGAAAGUUCUAAGAGAGAUUCAGGACCGUAUCUCUGGUCCCCCGUCUGUUGCACCACAACCUACGAACAACAGUUCUGUCAGAUCCCUUCCUCACAUUAUUCCUGAACUGCCUGCUCAACCAAUCUUCCAACCGAGCCCCAAACCCAGAAAGGCGGAGGCGAUAGUUUCGAACCAAUUACGACACAUAGGUAAUAGUGCCCAUCCGUGGCACCCGCCAGUCGAGAGGACGACGAAAGCAGUGGAGACGAAGUUGCUUGAAUAUGCGAAGCGCCCAGGCGCAAAUGAUAUGCCUGCUCGGAAUUUGUUGGAGCAAUGGAGUCUGUCUCUGCAGAGGAGCCCCGUGGGUUGGUUCUUCAUCUCCACCAAUGCAGCAAAGAUCAAUGCCGCUGUCCUCGGAACACCAUUUGGCAAUGCGGCUAUUAUAGUUGAUGUGAUUGACUCCAUCACAAAAAUGCUCGUGGCAAGUCUUUCCGAGGAUACUUAUGGUAAAGCCACGCCAACAGUACCAGAAGCAGUCCGAACGUUCACGAGGACGUUGCUUGUUAUUGAAAAUUUUGUGGCCAAAAACGACCCCGGAUCAACGAGAAAUAUCGAGGAAGUUGAGAUCAUCGUUGGAAGGUUGAGGUCUGGGCUGAAGGAGUUGUUGUCAGCUUUCCAAGUUUAUCUGAUCGACGUUGGUCUGGGAAUUUCAGAUCUCAACCAAGCAAAGAAAGCAGUCCAGGCACCACCAAGAGAUGAACCUAGAGAGAAGAUUGCGGCACCACCCAUCCGGAGACAGUUAUUCUCCAAUAGCGGACAGAAGACUAAGAGUGCCAAUGGGCAACCCAUAGCAGGUGCUCCUGACGAAAGACGCCGACUGGAUGCACCUCAACAGUCAUCCGAAGGUGCAAACAUACCAGCGAGGAACGUAACCAGCCGGCAGUCCCAAAGAAGGGAGAUGGAGCAGGUUAGAUGA